AUGCCCAAGAAAAGUCAAAGUAAAGUAUAUGUCGUUUUUGAAGGUCGAGUGCGUGGGUUGUAUGCCACAUGGGCAGAGUGUGAUGCACAAGUCAAAGGGUUUUCUGGUGCGAAGUAUAAGAGUUAUCCUUCACGAGAAGACGCGGAAGAAGCUUACAUUAAGCACAUUGACAAAUUCCCAAUAGCCAAAGAAGACAAGCGUGCUCCUCCUGAAGUACACAACCAGACUGCUGAACUUAAAGCAGCCAUAACUGAAAUCUUACACCGGAGUGUCUCUUCAAACACUGCAUUAGGCCUUUUCUAUAAAGAGAUAAAGAGCAUCAAAGGGUUAUAUAAGAGUGACACCAAUGAGUUAAUAGUUCCUGGCGAAGAGUCAAUAGACUUAUAUAAAAAAGGAUUUCAGUAUUUAGAAGAGCGUCAUCUUCUCGAGUUAGGAUACAAACUGUAUCCCACUUCAACGUACGCCAAUGCUCUUCAGGAGAUAGACAAAGACUCUCUCUACAUUGUCCCAUGUAAUUGA